CUUUAUGUGCAAGGUAAACGAGCCAGUAUGGCGGAGGGGGAAAGUGAUUUGGAAACAGACAGGCUAGAAUUGGAACUGGAGACUUUAUACAUAUACUCUAACGACAACUGUUCAGUACAAAGCAAAGAAUAUUGCUCCGAGUUUUGUAAGCUGGUAGAGGUGCACACAGGGAGAUGGCAGGUGCCGCUGCCCCAGCUGAAGGUGCUGCGGACGGCUCUGACCUGCUUCACCAGAGCCACUGUUGCCUACCCCGAUGACUGUCAGCACGUCAAUUAUGCUCUCAGCAGCUUGGCUUUGAGCUUCUUUGAGCUGAUGUUGUUCUUCGGGAAAGAGGAGUUCCUAGAGGCCCCUCUGAGGGACAUAUUAGCCUCUUUUCAGGCCUGUCAUCGCCGCCUGCUGAGACACAGGAACGUGUACCUGCUGCAGGUGAGGCAGAUCAUCAAAGAUGGCGGUCCCUGGGAGAGACCCGCUCUGCAAUCCAUCCUGAAAGACACAGCCCUCACACAGACAGAAGUGGAGAAGUAUUUGAGCUCAGAGAAGCCAAUGUUCUUUGAGCUGCGUGUGCGGUACCUGCAGGCCUAUGAGCGCGUGCAGGAGGCCAUGGCCCUGUCUAAGUGCUGCCUGGAGCACCCAGAGGUGUGGAGGCACCUGUUCUUCCACCAGGCCUACCUCACAUGCCUGUGCAAGGCUUCACUACAUCAACACCUGCACAAGGAGAUGGCUGAGAUAGAUGGCAGAGACGCAGUAGAGAUAAUCUGUAAUGCAGAGAGCCAGGAGAAAGAUGAGCUGCUGCUGUCUCUGUGCAAAGCCUUCCUCAGCCAACGGCUACACAACGGAGACAUGUACUACAUCUGGGAUCUGGUGUUCUUGUGGAGCAGACUGUACCUCAGGGCCCAUCCCUCUAAGCAGGGAUUCCUGUCUGAGUGUCGCCAGCUGAUGCUCUCCGCCAUCAACGCCAGCGCCAUCUUCCCCUUCAUCAAAGUCAUCACAGCAGAGAUGGGUAGUGAGGGAGUGCCAUUGUGUGUGGAGCUUUGUGCUACAGCGUUACAGACAGACCUCCAGUCUGACCCUGUAACACGCUGUCUACUGUGUAAGACCAUCGCCUUCCUGCUCCCCAGGGACCUGGAGGUAUGUCGCCUCUGUGCCCUGCUGGUGUUCUGUCUGGAACGUAGCAUGGAGGCCUACAAGACCAUGUAUCUGCUCUACACAUACCCCGAUGAGGAGCCACACCCCCAGCACACCCAUGUCAGAACCAACAUCCGCUUCUAUAUCCUACAGGUGCUGAAGGAAGGUCUGUUCUUUGACCCAGAGUUCUGGAAUCUGCUGACCCUGAGAACCCACUGUCUGGAGCUGAUGACUGACAAGGCCACGAGGGAUGCUCUAAAUGAGCUGAAGGAGGAAGAGGAGUUGGAGCAGGUGGAGGAGGAGUGGAUACCAAGCUACUGGAUGGAGGAGGAGACAUGCAGAAUACACACAGAUGCCUCCCACCUCCACCCACACACUAACACAGCACUAGAGAGCUCUGACACUGUAGGUCAGGAACCCGAAGAGGUAUUGAAUGGGGAUGCUCCUGAGUCACAGACAGAGGACUUCCCUGUGAGGAGGAGGAGGAGGAAGAGGAGGUGGAGGAGAAGAAAGUGUAGGUCAGAUAUUGAGUAUGCUGACGACCCAGACAUUAAGUACUCCCUCAUUCACAAUCUCAGUUCUGAAAGCUCCACCAAGCUACCGUCCAAUCGGCAGAGAGAAUACCUGGCCAGACAUGUGAAGAACAAGAUCCUGAAGAGACGCAGCAGGAAACCAAGAUGGCUGCUCCUGGAGAUGACCAGACAGACGGAGAACAUAUCCCCAGGGGGAAUGAGGGAGAAGCGACGGGAGGGAAUGAGAGGAGAGGAUAAGAGACAGGGAGGGGAGGGGAAAGAGAGGGGGCAUGAAAAGGAAAAUAAGAGAGAGAUGAGGCAGGGAAGGGAGAGUAAGAGACCUUACCGUCGGACUAUAUCUGGCAUGGAGCUGUCCUUCCCUGAAAAUGAAGUGCCUGUUGACCGGGAAGUGGUAGAGAGUCAUCUAGAACCCAGUGUUCGUAUUAAACAACAGCACAGUGAGUCUGAGAAAUAUGUUAACAUGGGACUGCUUAAUGGUGUAUAUGGUGAGAGACCGUUUAAGUAUAAACCAGAGUCAGACGUGGAGACUUCGGCGGUGGGGACUUCGGCGGUGGGGACUUCGGCGGUGGAGACUUCGGGGGUGGAGACUUCAGUGGUGGAGACUUUAAAAGUGGAACCUUUAGAAGUGGAGCCUUCAGAGGUAGACCCUUCAGAUGCAAAGCCUUUAGACUCCAAACGUUCAGUAGUAGAGCCUUCUGACAUAGAGCCUUUAGAAGUAGAGCCUUUAGAAGUAGAGCCUUCAGACGUGAAGGUUUUAGAAGGUCCCAGUGAGCAGACUGACCCAGAGUUGGAUGGUCCAGCCUUGGAGAUGGAGGAGUGUCCACUGAAACUGUUCCACAUCUACGCCAAACUUUCCAAAGGGACAGCUGCUAAGGAACUACUUUCUAGAGAAAGUGAAUUCACAGUGACAGAGGCGGGACCAGACUCAAACACUCAGGGUGAACAGACCAAGCCAGGCAAGGCUCCAGUACGCUCCAAACACCUGCGCUUCCACUGCAGCCACUGCCAGAAACUCUUCAAGGGAGGCAACGUGGUGAGACACACCCUGGCCCACCUGAAGCUGAGAAAGACCCGGCUCAGCUGUGUCUUUUGCGGCAAACACUUCCAAAGGUACAACCGCGCCAGGGAACACGUUCUAGAGCACAUAGAGGAACUGAGAACUUCCACAGCCAACAUUAAGGUCAAACCCACUGUCAAUGGGGAGACAUAUCCCUCAAAGAAUAUUAAUCAAGCUUCAGAGAACGAAGCGAAACCUGUUGAGAACGUGACUGAGCCCUCGACUUCGAUGGACCAGCCUCCUAAACCCAAACGUGUUAAAGCCAAGCCGGUGGUGAGCAAGCAGAGUAGAAUCAUCCAGAACCUGAGAAACCUGAUCAGAAAGACCCAGAACCAGAAGUGUAAAAUGGACAUGGACAACCUGAAGUCUGUGGAAGUGACUGAUGAACAGGUAACUGUGAAAGACAAAGUGGUGAUAGUGAGAGAGGUGGUGCCUGGGAAGGAGACAGAGGGAGGAGAGGACAAGGAGAGCGAGGGAGGAGAGGAGGAGGGGAAGCAGAAGCAGUACCACCUGUGUCCUUCAGAGGGCUGUGACAGCAUCUUUAUGAAAAUCGGCCCGUCGCUGCUGAGACACGCUGUCACCUACCACAUGGAGGAUGCAGCCGUCCUGGACAAGACCUUCCAGUGGGGGAAGGGGAAGUGCCAGAUCUGCCAGAGGCUCUUGUUGGUGAUUGAGCACUACAGAGACCACAUGAAGCUCCACGAUGCUCCUCUAAAACAUGCAUGUCUCCACACAAACUGUGACCAACGCUUCAAGACUGCCCAGGAGCUCAAAGACCACAUAGACACCCACCGCCCUCUCCAGGCCCCCUGUGGGUACUCCGGCUGUAGGGAGAUCUUCUUUACCCUCCCCUCUCUCCACGACCACGAGUGGAGGCACUAUACCCAGCCCCAGUCUAAAGACGAGCUGGAGCAGGGCGCUACCACAGAGCUGAGCCCUGAGGGCGAGGCCCCCUGGAAACAGAGGGCGAAGAGCCAGGAUGUGACAGUGCACGGGUGGAGGGGGCAGAGGGAAACGCCUACUCCCAAAAGCAGGCGCUCUGAUCCUCAUGAGAAGUGCCUUCACUGUAACAGGUACCUGUGGAACCACCAGCACUUCCUAGAACACAUGAAGAUCCAUGAUGCUCCUCUGAAACAGGUGUGUCUCCACCUGAACUGUGGCCAGCGCUUCUACAGAACCCACUUACUCUGGGAGCACAUGGAUACGCACCUGCCUCUCCAGGCCCCCUGUGGGUAUUCCGGCUGUGGGCUGAUCUUCUCCCGUCUCCCCUCUCUCCACGACCAUGAGUGGAGGCAUUACAUCCAGGGCCAGCCUAAUGACGAGCCGACAGAGGAGCAGAGCGCAUCCAAAGAGGAGGGGCAGACUCCGGAGUCAGACACCAACGGUAACGACUAUGACGGCCCAAUGGAGACUCCAGGCACUGUUCAUGGUGCUGUCACCACACCUCCUAAUCAUUGCACACUGAAACUCAUCAACGGCCAUGAUGAAAAGGAUAAGAAAGACAAAGCCCCCGAGACAGCCGUCCCUGCCACCACUCCCACACCCCCAUCCCAAACCACCACAUCCACACACCCCCAUCCCAGAAUCCUCCAAAACAUCACUGAGCCAAUGACCAUGAGGGACGUGGACAAUAUCGUCAGUUUGGCUCAGGUGGUGCCUGGCGGAGAGGAACCGGUUAUCGCGGAACACAAGACCUUCAAACAAGAGGAUCCUUCCUACCUACCACUGGCCAAAGCUCCCCUCAUCCGCCCGCCCCCCUCUACAUACCUGACCGAGGCAGCCCUCAGCAUGCGCAAGCGCAGGAAGCCCAGUGAGGUCACUUCCUGCGGGCCUGGCAAAAAGAGUAAGGCUGCGGUAAAGAGGAGUGUGGUGGGGAAGGAGGUGGUGGCUGAGAAGGAGGCCCCUCAAAGACAGCGCUGCUCCAAGUGUUUCUCCUCCUUCACUAGCACAGAGGAACUGGAGAAACAUCUCUCCCAAAAUACCUGCUCCUCCCUCUUCAGCUUCGACUCCGAUGACGACAGUGAGUAGCGUACGUGGGAGUUUCUGUUCACUGAAUUUGUCAAACGGGGCUAUGACCAUUAUUACAUUUGGGGUAACGAUUAAUUGUCAUGCAAAUAUCCACUUAUCAUAAUUGUAAUUUGUUGAAACAUGUUUUGAGCUUGUAAUGUAUCAUAAUGCAUGUUUGAAAAUGAGCUACGGUACACCUAAUGAAUAGAGCACAGCUUUAUAUCAAAAGGGAGAGAAUGUUUUGAAACAUGAACUUGGUCAACAGUUUUUCUAUCGUACACAAAAAGCAUUUGCAUAGUAAUGUGACAACUCUGUUUUGUAAAGCAAAUAUACAUUUUGUUCUAUUCCUUCCCAGGUUAGUGGUGAAGGGGAGUGAAAUGCUCUUCAUGUUCAAGCACUACAGAGACCAUAUGAAGCGCCACAAUGCUCCUAUCAGACAGGUGUCUCCACUUCUAGGUUAUAUCUGUACUCUCUGAACUGGGCCUAAUACAGGCACUACUAGCAGACAGUCGGCUCUGAGAGCUGUAGGGCCAGACUCUUGUGGCCUGAAGUUUGCCGGGCACUAAAAAUACAACACACACAACCCUCUGGAAUCAGUGUUACUGCUACACUUCCCUGUACAUACAUGUGGACCGAACAGUACUGCCUUUGUCAUUACACUUCUUUGUUCAAUUCUUAUUUGCUUUAAAAUCAAUAUGAAGAAUCACACAGUAGGUAUGGUGCUUCAAAAGUCAUUGUAAUUGUAUUGUUAGGCAUAAGUUUUAGUUGGCACAUAAAAUCUAUAUUUUAGUUCAGUAUUUUAACUGAUUUUGUUCUGACAAAUGAAACUGUUUCACAAUGUAUUAGAAAUGGAUCAUCUAUGCAUUUAAUUUAAAUAUUUUGUAAAAGUGAUUCCAAAAUUCAUUUGAGAAUAAAAAUCACUGUUGAAGGGCCCAUAAUGGGAUGAAUAUGGUGAUGUGCACUUACCUGCAUUGGUUGUUUAUAUGUACAAAUGUUAUAAGUUUGUACUCAAUGAAAAUAUCCUCAAUUCAACUCUAUUUUUCUUAAAGAAAAGUCACUUGUUUUCAUUAAACAAUUUACAGUAUGAACCAAA